CUCUAUCUCUCCUAACAGUACCUCCCCCCAAAGGUAACCAACCAUCCGUACAAUCGAAUUGCCAAAUUUCGAAUUUGCCCUUCCCGAGUCCUCUUUUUAAAACCGUUCAUCCAUUUUCUUGGAUUCUGAGAUUGUUUGGUUUCAAAUUUAUCAUUCCAUCCGUCUUUCCAGUUAUGGUGAAAUCGAGCGAGAAUGGGUCUGUUUCAGUGGCGCCUUUUCUGAAAAAAUGUUACGACAUGGUUGACGACGAGUCAACGGACUUGAUAAUUUCGUGGAGUCAAAACGGUGAGAGUUUUGUUAUAUGGGACAUGACUGAAUUCUCGGUUAAACUGUUACCAAAAUACUUCAAGCACAACAAUUUCUCUAGCUUCAUCAGGCAGCUUAAUAUCUAUGGUUUUAGAAAAGUUGACACAGAUCGAUGGGAAUUUGCAAAUGAUGGAUUCAUUAGAGGUCAGAAGCAUUUGUUGAAUAACAUCAGUAGAAGAAAAAACUCCCAAGCACCUGAGCAGCGAAAAUUGUCACAACAGUCUGAAAAUGUCUUCGAACUGUGUGAUAAAAUUGACAACUUAGCAUUGUGGAGGGAAGUUGAGAAUUUGAAGACUGAUAAAAAUUCACUUGCACAGGAGUUGGUUAAACUUAGGCAGUACCAGGAGACUGCAGAUAAUAAGUUGCUGGUCCUGAGGGAACGCAUUCAAGGUGUUGAAACAAACCAGCAGCAGAUGUUGUCAUUUUUAGUGAUGGCCAUGCAAAACCCUAACGUUUUGGUUCAGCUGCUUCAACCAAAAGAGAAUAACUGGCGCAUAGCUGAAGCAGGUAGUAUUUUAGAAGAAGUGUCGGAAUGUGGUGAACCAGUAGCUUCUGAUAAUAUGCUAGUAAGAUAUCAGGCACCAGUAGAUGAAACUCUGAAGCCUGUACUCGCACCAGUUACAGAUUCAGAAUUUCAACCUGAAUCUGACACAUCCGGUGGCAAGAAAGAUUUUUUCAUGAAUAUCGAUUUCAUGAAAAUACUUAUGGAAGAAACUCAUGUCCCAUUCAUUCCUCCAGAUAUAAAUUAUGAUGGUGAAUGGGAAAAGCUUCUUUUAGGUAGUCCGUUUAUAGAGAAUACUGAAGAUAAUCAGCAGGAUAGGGAAGCACGGACUGGCUCAGAAAUGGAAGUUGAACCAACAGUAUCUGGGAUCGAUUUGGAGAAGCUUCAGAAUUUUGAACUUUUACUACAGCAAAUGGACAAAUCUCAAAACUCUGAGAUUGAACCGACAAGUAAUGGAUCUCAUUUGGAGAGACCCCAAAACUUGGAAUUUUGUACUGAGACAAUGGAACAUUUGGCUUCUGAAAGUAAUUACAAAUUUUGAACCCUGCAGAAGGUGUCAACAUCUUAGCAGCUAGGGUGUCGUUGCAAGCUUCUCAUCUACCUCGUAUAUCGAUACAGUGGCAUAAUUUUCUCUAUACCUGGAGACAAGAAAUGGUAACUGUUUUAUACUAAAUUAAAAUAGCUAAUUCAAGAAACUGUUACGGGUGCCAGUUUGAAGUUUGGCUUUUGCGUUUAAAAUCCCAGUAUGUAUAGUUCUUAUAAAUUUCACAGUAUUUGAUAGUAUCAAAAUUUUUUAUAUUUUCUACAAACAAAUUUGGGUAUAAAAUCAUAAAUACUAUGUCUUAGUACAUCUUUGGUUUA